AUGGCGGGAGGUCAUUCGCCAGUAAGGCGGCCACGAGCGCCUACCAUCACGCUCGACACAUCCGCCGUCAACGAUCAAGACCAACACGAAAACAUCUCAUCAUCGUCGCCGUCAUCCGAUAAUGGCGACGAGGUGAAUAAUACGUUAUCAGUGCCCACACGAAAGUCGCGGUCGCAGUCGUGGGACUCCAACAACACCACAUUGGCCAAAUCCAAAACCAACGACGGCACCGACAAGGGAUCCCCUACGGCCCAGCACUCCGGUUCGCCCAAGGCCUUCGGGGAUAACCCGGACGCCCUCGCGCCGAACCCCGGCGAGGAGGACUCCUUCCACGUCCAGAACAACCCGUUCGCGUUCUCGCCGGGCCAGGUCUCGAAGCUUAUCAACCCCAAGAGUUUAGACGCGUUUGUCGCCGUUGGAGGUUUGACCGGCUUGGUAAAAGGUUUACGGACGGACACCCGCGCGGGUCUCAGUCUCGACGAAUCGCGUCUCGACGGUGCCGUGAGCUUUGACGAGGCAGUUGCCGCCGGCAAGAAGAUCCACUCACCGACGGACGGCGCACCGGCGGCCCCACUUCAACAAGACGCCGCGCCGGGAGACGGCGCCGGCAAGGGUUUCGACGACCGCAAGCGCGUUUUUGGGCAAAAUAUCCUCCCUGAGAGAAAGUCAAAAUCGCUACUUCAGCUUGCUUGGAUUGCCCUGCAAGACAAAGUCCUUAUUUUGCUUAGCGUUGCGGCUGUCGUCUCCCUCGCACUGGGUUUGUACCAAACUUUCGGAGCAACACACCAUGGUGAUUCUACGGCCAAACUCGAGUGGAUCGAAGGUGUGGCCAUUAUUGUGGCUAUCACAAUCGUCGUCGUCGUUGGAUCCUUGAACGACUGGCAGAAAGAGCGCCAAUUUCGAAAGCUGAAUGAGAAAAAGGAGGAUCGCACGGUCAAAGUGAUUCGUUCCGGAAAGCCUUCAACCAUUUCGGUCCAUGACAUUCUGGUUGGCGAUGUUAUGCUCCUGGAGCAGGGAGACAUUAUCCCGGUAGACGGCAUCUUCAUCGACGGGCACAAUGUCAGCUGCGACGAAUCUUCCGCGACCGGCGAGUCGGAUCUGAUCAAGAAAGUUCCUGCGGGAGCCGUCAUGAAGGCUUUGCACGAGGACGAGGAAGUGAAUCCCAAGAAGCUGGACCCUUUCAUCAUUUCUGGAGCCAGAGUCUUGGAUGGCGUUGGAACAUUCCUCGUUACUGCCGUUGGCGUGAACUCUAGCCAUGGCAAGACCAUGAUGUCUCUUCGCGACGAUCCCGGCCUGACCCCUCUGCAACUCAAGCUCAAUAUUCUCGCGGGAUACAUCGCGAAGCUCGGCAGUGGAGCUGGUCUGCUCCUUCUGGCUGUUCUCACGAUCGAAUUCUUGGCCCAUUUGCCCCAGAACGACGAUUCGCCGGAGGAAAAGGGUCAACGCUUCCUUCAGAUUCUCAUCACGUCCAUCACCAUCAUCGUCGUUGCUGUCCCUGAGGGUCUGCCACUGGCAGUGACCCUGGCCCUGGCGUACGCCACGAAGCGAAUGACGAAGGAGAACAACCUUGUCCGUCACCUCCAGUCCUGCGAGACGAUGGGUAAUGCGACGGUAAUUUGCUCCGACAAGACUGGUACCCUGACGGAGAACGUCAUGACGGUUGUUGCUGGCACUCUGGGCACAGGGAAGCUGAGGUUUGGAGACGGAGAUGGCCAGUCUAGCUCAUCUGAUGAAGCCGAGCAGGAAAAUGUGGAGGUCGCAGGCGGCGACAAGAAGGCCGCAAGUCAAUCUGCGACUCUGAUCCCGAUGUCGAAGCUCUCCUCUUCCCUCGACUCUGACCACAAGGAGAUGAUCAAAUUGUCAGUCGCCAUGAACACGACGGCCUUUGAGACGGAGGAAAACGGGAAGCACGAGUUUGUGGGCACCAAGACCGAGACGGCCCUGCUCGACUGGGCUCACCGAUGCUUUGCCCUCGAGAAGCUCGCCAUCGAACGCGACAAUCACCCGGUUCAACAACUAUUCCCCUUCAACUCCAAGAGGAAGUGCAUGGGCGCCGUUGUGCGUCUUCCAGAUAACAAGUACCGUUUGUUCAUCAAGGGAGCCCCUGAGAUCCUCCUUGGGCAGUGCACUCACGCCGUUGCCGACCCGACGAAGGCACCUUCUUCCACCUCUAUGGAAACACAGCAGCAAGACGAAAUCCGACGCACUAUUUCCGAAUACGCCUCCCGAUCGCUCCGCACACUCGCCCUCGCCUACCGAGAUUUCGAGCAAUGGCCGCCAAGAGAGGCACGCAAGGAGGAAGGUUCGGACAACAUCGAGUUUUCUAGCAUCUUCAAAGGCUUGACGUGGUUGGGCGUCGUGGGCAUCCAGGACCCUGUACGAGCCGGUGUUCCCAAGGCCGUGAGCGACUGCGGUCUCGCUUCCGUGUCUGUCAAGAUGGUUACCGGUGACAACGUCGAGACUGCGAGAGCUAUUGCGAGGGACUGUGGUAUUCUGACCGAGAAGGGCAAGGUCAUGGAAGGAGUCGAGUUCCGCCGCAUGGGCGACCGGGAGCGAACCGCGAUUGUCAAGGAUCUUUGCGUGUUGGCGCGGUCGAGCCCGGAAGACAAGAAGAUACUCGUCAAGGCGUUGCGAAGCUUGGGAGAGGUCGUCGCCGUCACGGGAGAUGGAACCAACGACGCGCCUGCCCUGAAGUCCGCAGAUGUCGGCUUCUCUAUGGGCAUCACGGGAACUGAAGUCGCCAAGGAGGCUUCGGAUAUCAUUCUCAUGGACGACAACUUUUCGUCCAUCGUCAAGGCCUUAUCCUGGGGUCGCGCCAUCAACGACGCUGUCAAGAAGUUCUUGCAGUUCCAGAUCACCGUCAACAUCACCGCAGUCGUCCUCACAUUUGUGACGGCUGUGGGUGACGCUGAGCAGGAACCCGUCUUGAACGCCGUUCAGCUUCUCUGGGUCAACCUCAUCAUGGAUACCUUCGCAGCCCUCGCCCUGGCCACCGAUCCUCCGACGGAAAGCAUGCUUCAUCGCAAGCCCGACGCCAAGACAGCUCCCCUGAUCAACACGCCGAUGUGGAAGAUGAUUAUUGGUCAAUCCAUUUACCAGUUGAUCGUCACCCUGAUCUUGCACUUCGUCGGCCCUAGCUUUCUCAACUACCCCAAGGAACAGCAGAAGACGCUCGUCUUCAACGUCUUUGUCUUCAUGCAGAUCUUCAAACUGAUCAACAGCAGAAGGAUCGACAACCACCUGAACAUUUUCGAGGGCAUCACCAAGAACAAGCUCUUCUUCCUCAUGAUGGCUAUCAUGGCUGGCGGACAGGUCCUGAUCGUGUUCGUCGGAGAUGCCGCCUUCAAGGUCACCCGUCUUAAUGGGCCUCAAUGGGGCAUCUCCAUGGUCCUCGGCAUUCUCUCCAUCCCGGUCGGUGUGCUCAUCCGUCUGGUCCCCGAUUCUUGGUGUGUGACCCUUGUCCGGCCCAUCGGCAAGGUGUGGGCCAAGAUUCCGAAGUGGAAGCGCAAGAAGAAGACCGACGACGACGAGGACGCGGAGCAACUGGGCGGCGUCAAGGAGGCGCUGCUGGAGAUCCGCGAGGACCUGGCCUUCCUGAAACGCAUCAAGGGAGGACGAAUCAACCAGAUCAGCGAGGUCAUCAUGAAGCCCCGCGAGUACCGCGAGCGCACACGCAGCCGGAGCGGCUCGAGAUCAUCUAGUCGACAUAACGCGUCGCCUAUGAAGGCCGCUCUGGGCAUGCCUGGCAUUGUCGCAGCCAGCGUUGGAGGACUAUCGCCGGUCGAGAGGCCAGUAUCGAACGACCGCCGCACAGAGGAAGGCGGCAACGGGGAAGAAGGCCGAAGCAACUGA